AUGGCUCCUCUGUACGCCCCUGCGUGCACCCGCCUGUGCGCCCCGCUGUGUGCCCCUCUCUACACCCCUCUCUACACCCCUCUCUACACCCCUCUCUACACCCCUCUCUACACCCCUCUCUACACCCCUCUCUACACCCCUCUCUACACCCCUCUCUACACCCCUCUACACCCCUCUCUACACCCCUCUCUGCAGGCGAUUCUGUGCCAACUGGGGUCUCUUUUCCAACUACCUUGUAGGCACGGUCCCAACACCGCCCUCCUCUCUCCAAUACUUCAGCGUGGAGUGAAAUCUCCUCCCCUCUUCUUCCCUACAUCCUCCCCUCCUCUUCCCCCCUCCCACUGCAGAGGUCUAUUCUCCAACUACCUCGUGGGCACAGUCCCAACACCCCCCGCAUCUCUCCAGUACUUCAGCGUAGAACGGAAUCUCCUCACCGGCUCCUUCCCCUCCGGUGUCCCAACCACGGUCUGCAACACCAACUGCUUCACGAGCCCCCCCACUGCCUGCCCUCUCUCCACGCAACGGGCCUCUGCCAAUUGUGUGUUCUGCGGGGGAAUCUCCUGGGCGACCGGCAUGUGCCAGGGGUAUUUGGAAGGGUGCACGCCGGAUACGACUGGGUUGACCUCGCCCAACGGGGGGAGCGCUGUGCUGCUGCCACGGUUCUGCGAGGCUGUCACGAUUCUCCCAGCUCACGUGGGCUGGGGUGGGCUGGGGUGGGCUGGUGUGGGCUGGGGUGGGCUGGGGUGGGCUGUGGUGGGCUGUGGUGGGCUGUGGUGGGCUGUGGUGGGCUGUGGUGGGCUGGGGUGGGCUGGGGUGGGCUGGGGUGGGCUGUGGUGGGCUGUGGUGGGCUGUGAUGGGCUGUGGUGGGCUGGGGUGGGCUGGGGUGGGCUGGGGUGGGCUGUGGUGGGCUGUGGUGGGCUGUGGUGGGCUGUGGUGGGCUGUGGUGGGCUGGGGUGGGCUGGGGUGGGCUGGGGUGGGCUGUGGUGGGCUGUGGUGGGCUGGGGUGGGCUGGGGUGGGCUGGGGUGGGCUGGGGUGGGCUGGGGUGGGCUGUGGUGGGCUGUGGUGGGCUGUGGUGGGCUGUGGUGGGCUGUGGUGGGCUGGGGUGGGCUGGGGUGAGCUGGGGUGGGCUGGGGUGGGCUGGGGUGGGCUGGGGUGGGCUGUGGUGGGCUGUGGCGGGCUGUGGCGGGCUGUGGCAGGCUGUGGCGGGCUGUGGCGGGCUGUGGUUGGCUGUGGUGGGCUGUAGUGGGCUGUCGCAGGCAUCACUCUGCGAACACAAGGCCUCUCUGGAUCGCUCCCCUCAUCCAUCGCUGCACUCCCAACCCUCACCUCCCUGUAUGGCCUUGUCACUCCCUCUCGACAUGGACCUGAGCUCCAACCUCUUCAACCAGCAGCUGGACGGCUUUCUCUCUGACAUGGUCUCGCUCACUUCGCUCCAGCAGCUGCUUCUCGGUUACAACUGGUUCUAUGGCUCAGUCCCCACCACCAUCUCUGAGCUCACCAAACUGACCGGCCUGUCCCUCUUCUCCAACUACCUCACCGGCUCGCUCCCCUUACUCCCCUCCUCCCUCCGUGCCCUCGACAUAGCCUACAAUUUCCUCUCCGGUUCCCUCCCCACCCUCCCCACCUCUCUCUCCCACUGCGCGGCCGAACACAACUGCUUAAUCCCCGCCGCCGCCGCCCCCUGCGCUCGCUUCGGCUCCACACAGCGCCCGGCCGCAGUGGCGGGAGCAGCAGCAGCGACGGCAACAGAGCGGUGUGCGGUGUGUGGGAUGGGGACGGCGACGGAAGCAAGCGGAUGCUAUGAUGGGGAGUGUGCUGUGUCUGUGGCCCCAGUGGUGGCGCAGGCGGGGCCAAACGGGCCGGCUCAAGCCGUGCAGGACCUCCAGUGCUCAGGUGCGUGUGCUGUGAGAGCGAAGGAGAGGGGUGCUAGAAGGAGGGAGGUGCUUUGA